AAAUUACAAAAUUUCACCCUGUUCGGAUAUUAUUGUCCAAUAUUUAAAAUGAAAUUAUUAUCAAAACAUAACAUAACAAAAUAAGUUUAUCGUACAUUUAUGCUUCAUUGUGUGUGUGAGAAGUGAUUUUAGAAAUAUUAACAAAUACUAUGCUCUAAAUAUGCUAUAUAAUAUUUAUUUUAUGCUGGUCUUAAACCUACUUUUAUUUGUGGGAAAUAUUUAAUAAUGAUAUAUAAAACCAGUUUUGUAUCAGCUGAAAUUAAUGCCAAAUAAAAUACAAAAAGUUUAAUAAUGUCUUAAGUAUUCAAGUCAUGUCAGAUCAUGACGAGAACAUUGAAAGUGGUAAAAAUGAGCAAAGUGGAGAUAGCAGUACUGAUGUGCCAUGUGAGGAACCAAGUGCCAAUUCAUCGAAUGUUAGUGCCAUAGUAGACAGUGAUGAAGCGAGAAAUGAGCGCGCGAGCUUAUCGUGGGAGGAAGAAAACGGUGAAUUCAAAAUCUCCUGGAAGCUGCCAAAGGGGACUGCGACUGAGAAAGAUUAUGUGGCGCUUUACGUUAAAGAUCCUCCGAGCAACGCCGGUGUCGCCUGCUUCGUGCCGGCGACCGGAUGCGAUACUGGUCACAUAAUGUGGCUGCUUGAUGAACCCAAUCAACCUUAUGAAGAUUGUGAACAACUUCUUUGCUUUCGUUAUUACAACGGCGAUGACGAUGAAGAAUGCGCGGCAGAAUCACCUUCAGUACCAUCAAGAUUUAAAGUAGACUUCAAAAAACUACCUCUUCGUCUCAAAGAGGGUAUUUCGAGAAAGCGAAGUGGUGAUCAAGUUUCACCAUUCUCUUACAACAAUGAAAGCUUUGAAAUGAACUCAGAAAAUGGUCUCCGAAUAGAACGAGUUACCCCAAAUCAGGACAUCAAAUAUUUAAGUGAAGAUGUUACUAAAUGCUCAAUUAGUUCAUUAGAGAGAAGUGGGACUUCGACUCUCGAAUCAUUAAAAUGUGAUUCUAGCAAAUGUUUAGUUAGUAAUAUUAGUAAGGAAUCUCCACAUGUAAAUAGUGAAUCUCAAAACAAUAUACACCCUAAACCAACAACAUCUGGUGUAAAAAAGAAAUGUCCGCCGCCUGUGGACACUGGAGGUGGCCAAGCAAUAAAUGGUAUUAAGAAAAAGAACAAUCUCAACUCGGCCCUUGACUCUCCAACGUCGCCUGAUACAGAGUAUUAUAAAAUUUGGUCGCCUCAAAAUCCGUGUAAAAUUAUGAAAUUUGUGUACGAUGUGGAGGGUGCCAAUGUUCCUAAUGAUGCGCAAAAAUCACCUGUUCCUCCUCUUCCACCUAGACAGUCUCAUAAACCAUUAGAAAGAAUGCAUGCUCUUCCUCCAGCGGUACAAAGGCAUAGAAAACCAAAAAAAAUAACCAAACCCGAAGAUGCAUUUACAUUCGAGUUAAUAGAUACAGAUGAACAAUUUUUUACGGAUAAAAAUAUAUCGAUUUCCGCAGGAUUACAGCCAGAUUUAAACGAUUUUAAGCCGGGUGAAUUUUUUUCGAGCAAGCAACAUUCACCUAAGACUAAUAAAGAAUUCCAUAACAUUGCACCUCUAGCUACUCCAGAAACUGAGGGAAGUUUAUGUGAGUCAACUUUAUCCUCAAUAAAAAAUUCUAAAUUGAUCGACGAUAACAAAAUAGUACAAGAUAACACGCUUAGUAGAAAAAAUGUUAUGUUUAUUAAAGAAAUAGGUCCUGAUAAUUAUAUAACAACUACAUUUGCAAGAAAAGGCAAAGACAACGUUGAUGGAUUUCUUAAUACAGGAAAUCAAUCAAAAUCCGAUGAAAAAGCUCAACACUCCUUUAUUGAUGAUAUAAGUAAUAGAACUGAAUUUGAAGAUGACAAUAGAAAUCAAAUUGAGGAAAAAGAAAUUUCUAUAGUAAAAGGUCACAAACCUCUAACUAGACAAAACUCUGGUAGAGCAACACCAACCAUGAUGACAGCUUUCCUCAAUUCAUCUCACAUUGACACAUCUAGCAGAGAAAUAAGCGAUUCGAAUUGUCCGAGUUCAUGCAAUUCGUCCCAUUCUACAUCGCCUGUUGAGGAAAGUCACCACGGCCUAUCAAGUGUUGGAACUAUGUUAAUGAAUCGAAAAUAUUCUUGUGAAAAUACUCCAAAACAUUCUAGUCUACCCAGGCAUCUUUUAAAAAAUCUUGGCUGUGACAAUACUCCCAAACAUUCCCCGCACAGGACAAAUUUCUCAAAAGAUGUACCCGAUAGUCCAGCUCGACCGCAUCCCAGAGUUUUAACUAGGGUUGCUGCACUUUCUGGGUCAACAAUGCCACAAUGUCCGCCAACUCCAACACAUCAUGCUCGAAGACGGCCACAACCUCCACCUGACCUGCAUCCCCCGCCGGUUCAAAGUUCUGAAGGAAUAAACGACAACUUUGAGAUGGUAGAAUUCACAAAUGAAUUAAGAACUUCGGAGAUAAGAUCUCCAAAUUUAGAAUUUAUGAAUAGUAAUCAUUUUACAAUUGUCCAUGCUGGUCCUCCUGAUGAUGUGGUCCUGAGGAGGCCGCCACCGAUUGACGACAACGAUGACAAUGAUAACACGGUGUCAUCUCCAACUCCUUUACGGCACAUGGCGGGUAUAAGACUACCUUCGAUUCCUGAAAGAGCUUCAAGGCAAAUGGCGCUAACGGGAGAUUUUCCUGCCAAUAUGAUUGGCGGUAUAAUUGAAUGUGAAGAACCACUACCUCCUGGAUGGGAAGCUCGCAUGGACAGCCAUGGGCGAGUGUUCUACAUAGACCACAUUAAUCGCACCACGACCUGGCAGCGGCCCGCGGCCAAUGGCGCGGCGCCUCGCUCACCCGCACCAGAAGUUCAGCGGAGACAGUUGGACAGAAGAUACCAGUCCAUCCGGCGCACCAUGACACGCAGCCAGCUGGGCGAUGAGGAGCGCGGGGUGAGCCUGUCCCCUCCCCCCGCGCCCAGUACGUCCCGCCCCGUCGACACCCAAGUUCCGCACGCGCCGCACCCCGCCGCCGAGUUCCUCGCCAGACCUGACUUCUACUCAAUCUUACACAUGAACUCGGAGGCAUCAGCGCUCUACAACGGCAACUCAACUCUCAAGCAUAUGAUCUCGAAGAUCAGGCGAGACACCUCAUCAUUCGACCGUUACCAGCACAACAGAGAUCUCGUUGCUUUGGUCAACAUGUUCAGUGAAACUGAGAGGGACCUACCUCUGGGAUGGGACACUAAAAUAGACAGGAAUGGAAAGCGUUUCUUCGUGGACCACGUAAUGCGUCGCACCACAUUCAUAGACCCGCGGCUCCCCCGCGCGCCGCAAACCGGCCCCUUCUCCCCCCUCUUGCCGCCGAGGAGGCGACUCAUGCACCACGAACAGGCGCCGACUCCGCCGCCGCGCCCGCCCAUAUCUACGUCCGAUGCGUACACGCAGCACACGCAGGAGAUACCCGUCGCAUAUAAUGACAAGGUGGUGGCGUUCCUCCGGCAGCCUAAUAUAAUGUCAAUUCUGCGAGAGCGGUGCGGUGGGACGGGGGCUGCGGGGGCAUGUACUGCCGCCCUGCGUGACAAGGUUAGCGCAGUGCGGGUCGAAGGGAACUCCGCCCUGGCGCGAUACCAGAACGACGUGCAGCUCACCUGCUUACUCAGCCUAUUCGAACAGGAGAUCAUGAGUUACGUGCCGGCGUCGUGCGGUACGAGCGCGGCACCCUCUCCCGCCGCCUCGCCUGCAGCUGCCCGGAGUACCAGGGCACCAGCGCCGCAACGAAGGGACUUCGAAGCUAAGCUUCGGGCCUUCUACAGGAAACUCGAGAGCAAAGGCUAUGGCCAGGGUCCUGGAAAGCUCAAAUUACACAUUCGUCGAGAGCAUCUUCUAGAAGACGCGUUUAGAAGAAUAAUGUCAUGCAGCAAGAAGGAACUGCAGAAAGGCAAGCUCUGUGUGAUAUGGGACGGGGAAGAAGGCUUGGACUACGGUGGUCCGAGUCGUGAGUUCUUCUUCCUCCUGUCGAGAGAACUCUUCAACCCCUACUACGGCCUAUUCGAAUACUCGGCGAAUGACACGUACACCGUUCACGUCUCGCCAAUGUCUGCCUUCGUGGACAACCAUCAUGAGUGGUUUAGGUUCUCCGGACGCGUGUUGGGCCUGGCGCUGGUUCACGGGUACCUGCUGGAGGCGUGGUUCACUCGUGCGCUCUACCGCGCUCUGCUGCGGCUGGCUCCAGCUCUGGAAGACGUUGAUGCGCUGGACGCGCAGUUCGCAGCUUCCUUGAGGUGGCUGCAGUCGGCAAGAUGCGUGUCCUCGCUGGAGCUGACGUUUGCUGUGUCCGAGCGACUCGCAGACGGAAGGGUUCUGGAGAGGGACCUGAAGCCUGGUGGUCGUGACAUCCCCGUAACCGAGAAGAACAAGAAGGAGUAUCUCGAGAGGCUCGUGCGGUGGAGGGUGGAGAGGGGUGUCGCGGAACAAAGCGAGUGGCUCGUCAGGGGCUUCCAUGAGGUGGUGGACCCCCGGCUAGUGGGUGCGUUUGACGCUCGCGAGUUGGAGCUGGUGAUAGCAGGCGCGCCCGAGCUGGAUGUGAGCGACUGGCGAGCGAACACGGAGUACCGCGGCGGCUACCACGACGCGCACCCUGUCAUCCUGUGGUUCUGGCAGGCCAUCGACAGAUUUACAAAUGAGCAACGCCUUCGACUGAUGCAGUUUGUGACUGGGACGUCAUCAAUACCCUAUGAGGGAUUCUCGGCACUUCGGGGCUCCACAGGCCCACGGCGUUUCUGCAUCGAGCGAUGGGGCAGAAUAGAAUCACUGCCUAGAGCUCACACCUGCUUCAACAGACUCGAUUUACCCCCAUAUCCCACUCCACAGUUGCUUUAUGAGAAAUUACUCUUAGCUGUUGAAGAAACAAAUACUUUUGGGAUUGAAUAGAGAGCAGUUGUUAUUGUAGAUAUUUAGAAUAGUGACAUAUAACUGUAAUUAUUAUUAGUGUCUGUAAAUAAAUGUUGAUUGGUAUGGCCAUGUUGUCUGUGUAACUAUUAUGUAUUUAAGGUAAAAUAGGAGACAUGAUCAGAAAAAACUGUAAUAAAAUUAACUAAUACUAAUAGUAUUAUAUUACAAGAUGUUCAAAAAUAAAUACAUAAUACAAAGCAUGGUAAGUUAUUUCUGAUCAUGACUCUCAUUUAACCCAACAUUUAAGAUUUCAAGAAUAAAUACAGCUAACUAUUGAUUUAUUUUUAUGUACUUUUAGUCAGUAAAUUAAAGUAAAUGAAAAUAAAUAUGACAUGUGUAAAGGCUGCCAGCUCAGUUUAUUGACCAUCUGAGUAUAAGUUAAAGGCUAUCAAUAACAGUGUAUACAUAUAUUGUUUUGUUUAUUAUAAUUCAUAAACAUGUCUAUGUUAUGUAUUGUGGCUGUGAAGCGGACCUAAAAGCCGUAUUUAGUUAGUAUGCUGUCAUCUUAAUUAUUAUUGUAUUGAGCUUACGGUGACAGACUAUUUAUAUCAGCUAGUACCCUUGUACCAAACUAGAUUAUAGUUAUUAUUUAGAAAAGAAGGGUGUAAUAGGUACCUACUCUUUAUUGGCUACCACAAAGAAGCUAUAAAUUUUUAGACAUCACUUCCUAGUCAGCUACUAUAAAUGCUUAUAAUUUACAUAUUAACAAUUAUACUUUAUUGCUUUCCUUCUCUAUAGUAACACUAUUUAUAACAUAAGACUCCUAAGUAUUCAAUUGACUGUUGUGAUUUUGUUUACAAUAUUAUGUUCCUCAUUUAUUUAGAAUUAUUUACAAAUAAGUGGAUAAAAACAAAAUUUUAUGUAAAAUAUUGCUACAUAUUAUUUUCAGUUCAAAACAUUAAGUUAUAAGUUGAUGUGUUUGUAAAUACUUAUUAUUUAUUACUCAUAAUUUUCAAUGAUUUAAUUAAUAUGAUAUAAAUAAGUUGCUAAAUAGAUCUAAUAAUUUAAAUACUUUGGUUAGUUAUAUUGUUUAUUGUAAAAUAUUCUAACUUGUUUCAUGUGAAAGUGAGGAAAUGUCAGUAAAUUAAACUAUAAAAAUAAA